UCGCACCAGAUGAGAUGUCCGCUAUAAGAUAUUUGCUUCAGACUGAGUAACUCAACUCCAGCAUUGUGUCUAUCGUCUAUCUCUGACUGUUUGGGGACUUGCUGCACAUUGGAGAAAGCAAAGAGAUACUAGAGGAUGAAAGUGAGUCAAGUUUCCCGCCCAUGACGCACUGAGAUCCGCUACUUCCGGCCGCUGUCUGUCUGUCUGCGUGGAGAGACUCACUCUGGGGCAAGGGAUCAGCUUUGAGUUUUCGCUGCGAGAGUGAAUUCAGGUAAAAAUAGCACACGAUACUGGAGGCCAAAAUUUAUUCUUUCCAGCAAUGAGCUCGAAAUUAGAUGCCUCUCCAAUGUAUCAAGGAACCACCAAGACAUAUAACCUACCCGUUGAACACUUGGAUUACAGCUACAUAGAGAAAUGCACUGAUGUGAAGUAUCUGGAAAAGAUUUUGAUAGUGUUAAGGUCAGGGGAGGAGGGAAUUUAUCCUGAUCUCAUAGAAUUUUGUGAAAAAAAAGUACAAGAGCUAGAUCCCAAAAGUCGAGCCCUACGUAAAAGCAACUUGCCAGCAACUGCUGCAAACUUCACCAGAGAAGAAUGGCAUGAAAUUACCAGGGAUUUUAAGAGUUGGACAGAUAAAAUGAAGCAAAAUGAAAAUGAAGAAAUAUGCAGGAAAACAGUGGCUGGAGAUUUUAUUUCAGAAAACCAAGCUCCUGUUCGUGGGUUCAAUGCUUCACUUCAUUCCCAUCAGAAUGGAUCUGGUGAAAAGAAACCAACUGAAAAGAAAAGAACUACACCCAGAGAUUACAGAGAAUGGGACAAAUUUGAUGUGGAACACGAAUGUGCCAAAAUUGAUGAAGGCAAGCAAGAAAUUAAAUCUAAAACUAUUAUCAACGAUUCCAUUUCUGGAAUUGGGAUGAAAAUUGACGCAACAGGCAUGACUGACCAAGAAAAAGAGGUUUUAGCUAAUCGAGAAAAGGAUAAAGGUAAUGAAGCUUUCCGCGCUGGGGACCUCAAAGAAGCUUUGCUUUAUUACACCAGAAGCAUUUCAGUGAUACCAAAUGUCACUGCAUUUAACAAUCGAGCUCAAACAGAAAUUAAGCUUCAGGAAUGGCAGAAGGCCCUUAAUGAUGUUGAAAAAGUAUUGGAAUUAGAUCCUGGCAAUUUGAAAGCAUAUCAGCGUCGUGCUACUAUUUAUAAACAUUUGGGCAAGCAUCAAGCAGCAAUAGAUGACUUGAAGAAAGUGUUGCAAGCAGAACCAGAUAAUUCCAUAGCAAAGAAUUUGCUUCAGGAACUUGAGCAGAAGCUGGAAAACUUAAAACCUCGUGUGAAAUCCCAGAAAAAAGGGAAAAAGAUGGUUAUCAAAGAAGUAGAGGACUCUGAUGAUGAAGAGGAAAGAAAAUAUAAAGAUAGAAAUAAAGAUUCUAGUACACCGGUGAAUGUAGAGACAUCAAAGCCAAAAGCUGCCAUGGGGAAUGCACAGAAAAAAUGUUCACCUAGUCGACUUAGUCAAACUAAAGGGAAGAAAAGUGGCAAUGCUGCAGAACAAGAAAGCAUGAAAAAGAAUCAUGUAACAGCACUGAGGAAAUCGGAUCAAACUAAAAGUCAAAAUGUCAAGAAUGCUACAGUUUCAGUGGCAAGCGAAGGUCAAGAAUCUCUGAGAAUUGACUCCAGCCAGCUUCUUACCCCUCUGUCCAGUUCAGAGACAAAGAAAGCAGGGGACAGCCCAUGGACACUGCCCACUUCAGUGUCAAAGCUUAAGAGCGAAGGAAAUCAGCUGUUCAAGAAUGGGCAGUUUGGAGAUGCAAUGCUGAAAUACACUAAAGCUAUGACGGAGCUGUUUGAAUCAGGUGUGGAUUGCCCAGAAGAACUAAGCAUCUUGCACUCAAAUCGAGCAGCAUGCCACUUGAAGGAUGGAAAUUGCAAUGAAUGUAUAAAGGAUUGUACAAUGGCUUUGGAGCUGCAACCAUUUUCUAUAAAACCUCUUUUGCGACGAGCUAUGGCCUACGAUUCCCUAGAGCGAUAUCGACAAGCUUAUGUGGAUUAUAAAACAGUCCUUCAGGUGGAUACUAGGUUCCAGGUUGCAAAUGACAGUGUGAACAGGAUAACUAAGGCAUUAAUAGAAGAAGAUGGAUCAAAGUGGAGAGAAAAGUUGUCACCAAUCCCAGUGGUCCCUGUCUCCGCACAAGUCCAUAGAAGGGAAGAUGAUUCUCUAGCCACUGUAAUUGGAAACAAGUCCCAGAUUACCUGUGGAGACACAAAUAAGAUUCCAAAUUAUAAUCAUAGCACAACAGAUCACAACCUAGGUAAAAAUAUAGAAGAGCAUUUCAUUUCCUUGAAGCAGGAAGGGAACAGUUUUGUGAAAAGUGCACAGUACAAGGAAGCCAUUGCAAAGUACAGUGAAUGCUUAAAACUUAAAUCUAAUGAAUGCACGAUUUACACAAACAGAGCAUUGUGUUUCUUGAAACUUAAUCAAUAUGAAGAGGCAGAAGCAGAUUGUAACACAGCUCUGCAGGUGGAGCCCAUGAGCAUAAAAGCAUUGUAUCGAAGGGCUCUGGCUUAUAGAGGAUUGAAAAACUACACAGCCAGUAUCGAUGAUCUCAAUAAAGUACUGGAACUUGAUACACAUGUCACUGAGGCACAGAAAGAAUUGCUGGAGGUAUCUGAAAUUUUGGAAAAAAUAGGCAGAAGCGGAUCUCUCACUAAGACCUGCAAUCAAGAAAAGCAGAGAAAACAUAUACAGAUACAGGAGGUCGCUGAUAGUGAUGAAGAGGAGAAUGAAGUCAAAACUACUGAGUGUGAAAAUAUUCCGAAUCUUAAUGUUGGGAAAGAGGAUUCUGUAAUAAAUGACUGCACUUCACAUAGAAAAGAAGCUUUUGAAAAUUCUUAUUCGCCUUCAAAAAAAGGAGUUAAUUUCAAGCCUGCGAAUGCAUCUGAAUUUUGGCAAGCACUGAAUGAUUUACAGGCUGAGAACAAUCUUUUUGGAUGUGCAGAGUUGCUAAGAAAUGUAAAACCAGAAGAUUUACCAUCCAUGAUGAGUAAUAAACUGGAAGCUGAUGUGUUCACUAUGAUUAUUCAGGCUUUGAAGGAACAUCUUUUAGAAAAGUAUCCCAAUCUUGUGUAUCAGCAUCUUGUUCACCUGUGCAAAGCAGAAAGAUUUCAGAUUGCAUCAGUGAUCGUUGGUAAAGGGAGGGAACAGGAGCAACAACUCUUUAGUAGUCUGUCACAGAUGAAGAGCAAUGAGUUCACCUCUGAAGAUGUAAAGAAUCUAGCAAGAAAAUAUGAUAUAUAAUAUUUUCAAAGAGCCAAUUUAAUAUGGAACUCAGGUGGCUUGGACCUACGGAAAUUGUGUGGCUUGCAAUCUGCACACUUUUCCACUCACUUCUACAUUCUUAAUUGUUAAUUCAAACUAAAAA